AUGGAGCUCCGCCUCCGCUCAAAAUUCCAUCGACUCGGCAUCGCACCUUUCACCCUGGCUACGCUUGCCUCUUCCGUUGCUGCCAUUCCAUACACACCUUCAUCCAUCUUCGUCGCGCCGCAAUACAAUGAUUCGCUGGUGUAUCUCCUACAACCGAGUAGCUCGAGUGCGGGCACAACGCAGUUCCUCUCCCUCAACAUUUCGUCUAGUAUCAACAGCAGCGACACAUUAUUUACCCAGCUUCUCGACGACACUCCGUUUCAAAGUACCGACCAGACAUCUACCUUCCUCCCUGUUAUCGAUGACCGAGGCGUGAUCACUGUCUACACAGGGAAUUGCCAAAACGCAUCCGACGAGCAAGAAGUAUGGCAGUUUUACUCCAACAAAAGCAGCUCAAUCGGCAAUGGAACAUGGACUCGGACUGCAGUCAAGUCAGGCGGGGAAAAGACAAAGCCAAGCUACCUCGCCGCUGGGUUUACGUUUGCAUCGAACAACAACAGCGAUAGCUCGAUGUAUUCAUUCGGUGGCAUGUGUCCCUUUGAGAAUAGCACGUAUCAAACCUGGAUAUCUGAUGCCAACUACACCCAGUCCAUGGUUGCCUUGAAUCCGACCUCUAGCAAGAGUACAUACGAUGCGACAACUAUUGGAGAUCGUGCACCUCCCAUCCCCGAGGCUGGAAUGGCCAUCGUAUCACUUCCUGCGACAUACUCAAAGAUAGAGAUGCAGCAGGACUUCUUGUUUGUUGGUGGGCAUACGCGCCAGGCUUUUCUCAACAUGUCCCAGCUAGCCGUCUUCUCUUUGCCGCAGGAAAGCUGGAGCUUUGUCACGGUCAGCUCGCAACAAAACGCAAGGACAGAGUUGGCUGUUCGAGAUGAGCCUUUGGUGACACCUCGUUCGGGUCAUGCUACUGUUCUGUCCGAGGACGGUAAGAAGGUAUUUGUCAUUGGAGGAUGGGUUGGUGAUAUUUCGACACCUGCCGACCCUCAGGUUGCGGUAUUGGAAAUGGGUGAAAGCUAUGGUACUUCUGGGGAGUGGACAUGGACUGUUCCCUCAUCAUCAACCAGUGAUGCUGGGAUUACGGAGGGGACUGGGAUCUACGGACACUCAGUGGCGAUGCUCCCUGGGGGUGUUCUGAUGAUUGCUGGAGGAUAUACCAUUCCAAAACAGUCCACCAAGCGGUCGUCGACAGAACAGAACUCCAAGGUGUAUCUCUACAAUUCGACGUCUGGUGGCUGGGUCACCUCGUACACCAACCCUUCCGCUAACACUGCCAGAUCUUCAUCGCAUAAGCAUGGCCUCUCGUCGUCACAAAAGACUGGUCUUGGAGUUGGUUUGGGUCUUGGAAUCCCUCUCGCUAUAUUACUCGUUAUAUUCGCAUGGAGAUACUACCAGAAGCGACGAGUUCGAAACUACCGAGACUCGCAGCUCCGUGAACUCGCCCUGGGAGCUGAGCGCGCUCAUUUCUGGGGUCGUGACGAUCCUCAACAGGCUAGCAGUAUCCGCAGCUCUCAGAUGAGUGAGAAUGCAGAUCGAUAUUCUGUGUACCCCUGGUCAUCAAAUCACAGUGCAACGGCACGAAAAGAUCAGGAUGACCGAAGCGAAAAGUAUGGUUUACUCACGGCCAGUCCGGACAAAAGCGCUCGUCUAGAUGAUCGUCCACUCAGUGGAAAACCAAAUAGAAUGUCCGGAUAUGCGGAAUGGCGCCGUCGAAGCGAAGCCACGAGUGAAAUCCAUCCCAUUGACGAGCGUGACGAGGAUGAAGAAAUUCUCCGAGAACGUCUCAUGUCAACCAUUCCCAAGGAGCAAAGUACUCAAGUCCAAGCGCCCGAAGAUCCAUUCUCAGAUACUCCUUAUGGCACUCCCCGAAGUACCAUCUUUGGUGUCGGUCUUGGUCCUUUCUAUACUCGAAAGAAGGAAAUGGGCGCAGAGGGGGACGGCCGGGUCUCGCCUACGAAGAGUGAACGAACAUCCACCAAUCUCUCCGAGUCUUCACAAUUUUCCUUCUCCUCUGGACAUGUUUCGCAAGCGCGGGCCGUUUACGUCGACAGGCCUCUAAGCUGGGCUAGCAGUGGCGGCCAUUCUGCCGACAACAUGGUGGCAGCAUCGACACAUAGCGAUAUGGACGGUAUGACCGCUCCAUCAGAGAAGUCAUAUUCAGCAGACUCCUACUCAACAGCCCGUACCACCCUCGCCGAACGCCAUGCGGAAGCCGCAUCUCUCCUCCUCGAUGCUGAAGCAAACAGUCCCACCGACUCUUCAUCACCUUCUAAACUCCCCCCCUCAAAGCCAAAAACAUCAGACUGGAUGCUACAGACCGUUCGUCGUGCUCUUACACUCACCCGACGCAGUCCAACCCAAUUUGCAUCCGAAUCCGAAUCCGCACCUCUAGCCUCUGGGAUUGACCGUCACAGCACAGUCCUCGGAUCAAGUUCCCACCCAUCCAACGCCACCACACCCCGUCGUGCAGUCUCCGCUUCUGCAGAGCUCUUCCGACGAAAACAAGGCGCUAGGGACUGGAAUGCUAAAAAUCGUAUGUCUGAAAACUUCACACUGGCUCGCUCUACGCGUGAUGAUCUCUUCAUUGGUGCACCGGGCUACCUCGGCGACGACGAUACCAUGGACGAAGAGGAGGACUGGGAUGUCGAGGGUGCUGCCGAGGGUCGUAGUGUGCAGGUUACAUAUACGGUCCCUCGAGAAAAGCUGCGAGUUGUCAAUGCCUCUGCGGCUGAUAACAUCUCCGAGCGAAGUAUCAGUCGCACUCUCAGUGGUCGUCGUCAUGUUAGCGGCUAA